AAUGGUUUGAAAUCGACGAAAAACUCAAGAUUCUAUUUUAGCCUAGUAAUUUAUUAUGCUGUCUCCAAGCCAGCAACUAGCUACGUCUAUACAUAUGAAGAAGAAGACGCGUUGUUUCGCUUACACAUCAUUCCCGCCGUCUGGUCUGACGCCGCCUUGCGCUGUCAACUCGAAGGUGGCGUUUUGGCUUCCCCUACAAGUCAUGGAAUGGCUCAGGCAAUGCUGAGCAAGAUGAAAGCACACAAGCUGGCUUCGAGCGUGUUCAUCGGGGCAACUGGCAUUCUUUCUAAGGGAGACUUCAAGUCAUUGGACGGAACGGACCUGGCUAAUACCGCGCUGGGAUGGGCUGCAGGGGAACCAAACAAUGCUAACAAUGCAGAGGACUGCUUGGCGAUGAACGAAGUAGGCGCCCUUGAGGACGUUAGCUGCUCGCGCUUGCUCCCUUACUUCUGUCGCAAGGAGAGUACCAAUAAAUGCAGAGUCACGCAUGUUAAGUCCCUGUGCAAUAACUAUGGGUACAAGUGGGAAUCUCACACUGGCAGCUGCUACAAGUUUCAUGGGGCCGCCAAGACCUGGCGCCUCGCCCUGGCCACGUGUCAUUCGGAGGGAGGGCAUCUGGCCAUCAUCAACAACGAGAUAGAGUCCAAACUGCUUAAGAAGAUAUACAAAGAAAACGUAAAAAAUAUUGAGGGAGCUAAAGAAAGUAGACAUGCUUUAAUUGGCUUCAGAAGAUGGGAUGAUGGCGAGUGGGCGACUAUACAUGGUGAAUCGCUGAUCAAUGCUGGAUUCAGCCAAUGGUCGCCGAGCGAGCCCAACAAUUCUGGCGGAGAAAAGUGUGGCUCCAUUCACGACAACGGACUGCUCAACGAUGCACCAUGCGACGAACCAUUCGCAUUUAUAUGUGAAAUUAGCCCUUAAUACACAAUAUCCUUUAUUAUUAUACAC